UGUUGGAGUUGUCAUCCUGGUUACAUGUGAGGGAGCUAUGAAGGUAAAAGAGCAGCAAAACUCAAGAGCACGUAGAUGUGAAUUUGAGAACUUGUACGAUAUAUAUACGUAUGUGUAAGCGAUCACGGAUUGAGAGGAAAAAUCAUGGGCUCCGAAUUUUCACAAGAGGACUAUGAGAGGUCUGCUCUUUCAAUUUAUGAAAACGCUUUACAGCAUCAAGCAUGCCUCUUACCAGAUGUAGGCAUAGAUGAGUCUGUGCUGAAAUAUUCUGGUACCGACUCUAAUGCGGUGCUGCAGGCUUUUUCUAAGGAGAUGCUCAAAACGGUUCCAGACUACAUCGGUAAGCUGGGAUCCGUUUUGUCUCCGAUGACUUCAAAUGCUGUUGGACUUGGAGCUUUGAUGAUUUCUAUGAUCAUAGAGAUCAGCAUCAAGGCCAACACUCAGACAAGUGAUGACACAUACAACAUGUUGCGACGUGUGUUUGGUGAAGAGAAAGCUUCGAGUGUCCGGGACACAAUGUCAGAGUAUCUGAAACGCCAUCGCAUGUACCUGAACAAAGACCGACAAUUACUAGAGGAAAUAAGCAGACUGGAAAAACAGCUGAGCAAUCAUCUCACCAUUCUCAGAAACUCCCUGAUGCAUGACAGACAGAUGAGCAGCCGUGGGUUCAAAAUCUGGGUCAACGGAGCCGCCUUCCACGUCCAGAUGUUGAUCCACGAGGCUCGACUGAAUAUUCAGACUGGUAAACCUGCAUCAGAAUAUCUUAAUAUUAUCGAAGCUGCAAUCGAUGUGUAUUUACAGAACCUGGAUCACUUGCUGGACAAAUACAAGACCUACAAGAGCAAUUCAAAUAUGUUUUAUAGUCAAGACAUAAUUGUGGGUGCUUAUACUAUUUCGCUCCUGUCACCAAAUCAGAAUGUAUUAUGAAAAAUUAUGAAGUAGAAUGGUGUGCCAUGAAUGUUGAUUAUGCUUCUCCUCGCCCGUGUAAGACACAAAACGUUCUAACGACUUUAAUGGAUAUUGUUUACUCAAAAUAUGAACCGAUCAAAGGCUUAAAGAGUUAUUUUUUAAAUAUCAAGAACAACCUCAACUCUCUGAUCCAUCAACGUGGUUCAUUCACUCUGCCGUCAGCAGCAGGUUAGUUUAGAGACUUGGGUUUAAAUAUCACUGAUGAACAUGACACAGUAAAGGACAAAAAAAUAAUAAUUUUAAGGAAAACAAUUGUGUAACAGCCCGGUUGAAGAAUAAAGGAUUUAACUCAUUCA